GAUGAAUAUUAGCUUGUUGGCUUUUAUUGUAGGUGGUAAAAUUACCUAUUAUUGGGUCUUAGCAUAUACAUCUUUUGCUGUUGUUUUCUUUUUGCUACGUACCGUGAAGACAUUCAUCCUGGAUAUGCAGAGCUCGUACACUGAAGAGGGUGGACGAAAGCGUAAAAUAUAUUUAUUACUUUUUAUAGCAUUCACGCAGCCAUUUCUGAUGUGGUGGUUAACCAGCUCGGUGACCAGUUAUACGCCCAGCAAAUUGGAUUUCGCGCAACUUGCUCUGUCGGGUAUGGGACUGAGCAAAGCAGCAAGUAAAGGCCAGGUACCGGUGCUCCCAAAUGGAGAAGUUGAUUAUGAAGCGUUACUUAAAAUGCCCUGAUU